UCCAUUCAACCAUUCAGCCGAGAGCGAGCUGGUAGACGCUUUUUCUCCUUCCCAGUUCCCUUUUCCGCGGCCUCGUCUCUUUUUCCUUGCGCUCUCUCUCUCUCUGCCACCCUAAUCUAGGGUUUUAGUGAGACGGCUACUUCGCCUCCUCCAAGCUUUCUCACUACCGCUGUUUUUUCAACUUCCGUCUGAAACCAUGGGCAGCGACAAGGCUAACUUCAAUAUGGCCGAUCUUAGCGCAGCAGCUUUGAAUGAAGGGGAUCGUGCUGGGCUUGUUAACGCACUCAAGAAUAAGCUGCAAAAUUUGGCUGGGCAGCACACGGAUAUGAUCGAGGCCUUGCCUCCUCCAGUGCGUGAGCGUGUUGAGCGUCUCAGAGAAAUUCAGAGCCAACAUGAUGAGCUGGAAGCAAAAUUUUUUGAGGAGAGGGCGGCCCUUGAAGCCAAGUACCAAAAGUUGUACCAACCGCUUUACACCCAGCGUUAUGGGAUUGUGAACGGUGUUUCCGAAGGCGAGGAAGUACCGAAGAAGGAAAGUGCAGUCCCGGAAGAGGGGGAUAAGACUGAGGCAGAGAAAGGUGUCCCAGAGUUUUGGCUCCUUGCCAUGAAGAAUAAUGAAGUCUUAACUGAGGAGAUUACUGAGAGGGAUGAAGGAGCUUUGAAGUAUUUGAAAGAUAUCAAAUGGUGCAGAGUGGAAGAGCCCAAAGGGUUCAAGCUUGAGUUCUUCUUUGAUACCAAUCCUUACUUCAAGAACUCUGUCCUAACCAAGACAUAUCACAUGAUUGACGAGGAUGAGCCCAUUCUUGAGAAAGCUAUUGGGACUGAAAUCGAAUGGUAUCCAGGGAAGUGCUUGACCCAAAAGAUCCUCAAGAAGAAGCCAAAGAAGGGGUCCAAGAAUGCUAAGCCCAUAACCAAAACCGAGGAGUGUGAAAGCUUUUUCAACUUCUUCAAUCCUCCUCAAGUUCCUGAGGAUGAUGAGGAGAUCGAUGAAGAUACUGCUGAAGAGCUUCAGAAUCAAAUGGAACAAGACUAUGACAUUGGUUCUACCAUUCGGGACAAGAUCAUCCCCCAUGCUGUGUCAUGGUAUACCGGGGAGGCUAUACCAGCUGAUGAUGAUGGGCUUGAUCUGGAUGACGAUGAGGACGAUGAUGUCGAUGAAGAUGACGACGAAGAUGAAGAGGAUGAUGAGGAAGAGGAUGAUGAUGAGGAUGACGAGGAUGAAGUAGAGGUGAAGACUAAGAAGGGUGCCGCUGGGAGCAAGAAACUGAUUGUUAUCAUCGUUUUGCAGAAGAGUGGUGGCAGCAAGACACAAGCAGUGGAUGGCCAGCAGCAGGGAGAGCGGCCUCCAGAGUGCAAGCCUCUUAGAGUUUUGGAUGGUGGAAGGAAGAUGAUGAUGUUUUCGCCUUAGUUUUUAUUUGGGCAGUGUGGGAGAGAGGGGAGAUAGAGCACAGACGGCCGUGGAUGUUUUGGAGGGUGGUUCCUUUUUAUCCAUUUUUGUUUCUCAUUAUCUCUUGUUUCUUAACUUGCGUGCAAUGCAAGUCAGUUUGUUUGUUGAGGAAGGGAUAGAUUGAUUAGGGUUAUAGUAGUUGUAGUCCAGACUCCAGAGUCAAGACACAGAUUGGUUUCUCCUUAAUUUUGCCCCUUUGCUCUUUGUUGUUAUUUUCGUGUAAUCCAUGGCCGGCAGGGUUUUAUCUUAAUGUGAAUGUGUUGCGUUGGGUUUCUCUAUGCUCUUAUUUCCUUUCUUUAACCAAUCAAUCUUACUGGAAUUUUGUCGAGGCUUG